CCUCACUGUGCUAACGUCUAUUUAAUACCUUAUAGCUCUAAGUUUAACCAUCAACUAUUCCGUGUCCCUGAGUACAGGUUAAUUAGUGAUAAUAUAUCAAAGGAGAUUCAUGAGGAUUCACAGCAUUGCAGUAGGAGCGUCCUUCAGCAGCUCCACUGUUCCACGAGUCUCCAUUAUCUCUGUGUUUGCUGCUAACACAUCGACUUCACUUUUUCUCAUAAUCCUCAUCGAGAGCUUCUCGUUUUUGUUUAGACACACUAGAGGAACAUGUUUCACAGCAAAUGAACGGGUUUCGUCGGAGCGACGCCACAUUUUUAUCAGUUUUAAGCGACGACGAAGAAGGAAAAGCGACUGAGUAGUGCGAGUCUGAGCAGCGUUCACGACAGUUUUGGAGGUUGCUUCGACCAAACGCUGCGAACUACUGCUAUAUGAGCUACUUUAGAGUGAGCACAAACGCUGUCGCUCUCGGUCCAACCAUUUGCUGUUCUCCUCCGACCCCAUUCGGAAGGUUUAUUCAUACUUUUCGGUGAAGAGGAAACACAAAGUGUGCCGCUGUACUGAGCUCACUGGUGGGCCUCAGACUGGACUGAGUCUUCACGGUUCUCAUGCUGAGUUAAAGUGCAGCCGGUGUGCAGGAAACUUUAGUUCUUUCGCUCCGACUUACAGAGAUUCAGGCAGAAACCAUGGCAGAACAAGCUCCCGCUCCCGCAGCCGCCGCUCCGGCCAAAGCAGCCAAGAAGAAGGCCAGCAAGCCCAAAAAGGCUGGACCCAGCGUCCGAGACCUGAUCGUUAAAGCCGUGUCAGCAUCCAACGAGCGCAACGGCGUUUCGCUCUCCGCCGUGAAGAAGGCUCUGGCCGCGGAUGGAUAUGAUGUGGAGAAAAACAACGUCCGCGUGAAGACCGCCAUCAAGGCUCUGGUCCUCAAAGGAACCCUGGUCCAGCCUAAGGGAACUGGAGCGUCCGGCUCGUUCAAGAUCAACAAAAAGGCUGCCGAACCCCAGCCUAAGAAACCGGCAAAGAAGGCCCCCGCUAAAGCUAAGAAGCCCGCCGCCAAGAAACCCGCAGCAGCUAAGAAGUCCAAGGCAGCGGUGGCUAAGCAGCCAGCGGUGGCUAAGAAGCCAGCGGCCGCUAAGAAGUCUCCCAAGAAGGCAAAGAAACCCGCUGCCAAGAAAGCAGUGGCCAAGAGCCCCAAGAAGGCCGCUAAGAGCCCCAAAAAGAAGGCUGUGAAGAAGGCUGCAGCUCCCAAGAAGUCUCCUGCUAAGAAGGUGGCGAAGCCCAAGGCAAAGAAGGCAGCAGCCAAGAAGAAGUGAGCGGUGACUGUGUACACUGCAGUGUCAUAAACAAAGGCUCUUUUAAGAGCCACACCACUGUUUCUGAAAAGAACACAAAUAACUCUAAUCACAAAAACAACAUAUUUUGACCCAUAUUUAUAUGAGUCAUAUGAGAGC